AGCGUCAUCAGUGCUACCAGUUUGAGUUUUGCACUCAAAGAAGACACAGAUCCCGCGAGAGCGUCUUCCAAGAUAAUUUUUAUACAUAAUAAGAAACUGCGAAAAUAUAUAUUUUUUGAAAGUGUCGAUAAGUGAAAAAAUAUGUGAAAAUUUUAAAGAAAAAAGGAAGAAGUGAAGAAAAUAUUCACUGUGAGAAUUGAGAGCUUUUUUGUGUGAAUUAAAAAGCCCUAAAAUCUCGUGCUUAAGCACUAAAUCUAGUGUUAAAGUUAUGUUACAUGUGAAUCUGUAAUCAUAGAGGCGCAGAUUUUGAGCCAAAAUAGGUCAAGUGUCUUAUCACUUUGGUCGCAAUUCAAUGGCGUUUUGUGGGAAAAUGUCAAAUUCAACAUUAUAAAUCUUUGCAAGCUCCACAGAAAGGAGAUAAAAUUUUUGUUGCGAAGUUUCAGCAGAAAGCUCUCUGACUGAAUAUUAUAUUACAAAAAUUUGACUUCCACUAAAAGCCCCCAAAAGAGGAAGAGAAAAUAAUAAAAUUUUCAUCGUUUGAGUGCAAAAAUUUGUAUGAAAUUGUGAAGAUUUUUGCGGAUUAAGUUUCUUCUUGUAAGACAUCCAGCAGAAGUGUUGAAAACGGGUUCUUGGGUGCGAGAAUUCUUUGAAUGCUAUUGACAGCUCCUUGUUGUUGUCGUUUUGUGCUAAAAUAAAAUACAUUUAUUGAGAAGAGAUACGAAGACUCCACACAAAAAAACAGCAACGACAUGACCUUCGGCUAUUUCAUUGCCAUCGUCGCACUUUUGCUAAAUAUCUCACCAAAUUAUGUGCAUCUAACGACGGAAGCUGAUCUAUAUGAAGGUAGCAUAUGCAGAUUGAAGGAUGGAACCUUUGGUGUUUGCAAAGCACAUUCCCAGUGCAAAUGGGCAUGGGAAGGAUACAAGGACGGCAAAAUAUCGUACGCUGACAUUGUGCGGUGCACCUUUGUUGGGACAACGGAGAUUAUUUGUUGUGGCGACGAGAGACCCCGGGAGAAUGACUUUACAUCACCCAGCACUGUUAGCAUAAAUCGCAAUGAUGAGGACAUGAUUUAUUUCUUUUCACCGAAUAACGAUAAUAACGAGAUAAAUCACAAUGACAGCGGUGGAACAGAUUCGUCAAUCUUCACAACUUCCCCGAGAACUCGAAUUGAGGGUAAAUUGCGAAAAUGCGAAGAGGCAUGUCAGAGGUUCAUGGAGAAGUAUCAAACACUCACUUUUCAAAUCUUGGGUGGGGAGGAAACAAGCCCCGGAGAUUUUCCACACAUGGCAGCCCUGGGUUAUCCAUCUGAGGAAGUUGGAGAUGAUGCAUAUUUGUGGAAUUGCGGUGGAACUCUCAUUUCCGAGGAGUACGUCCUAACUGCAGCUCAUUGCGUGUCAAAUCCCACAGCACGCCCAACAAUCAUUCGCCUGGGGAAGGUGACGCUGAGGUCGAAUGAUGACACGGUAACGGCACAAGAUAUAGGCAUAAGCAAAAUAAUUAUCCACCCUCUGUACAAGAGUAGUCGUAAUUACCACGACAUCGCUCUUAUCAAGCUGGCACAUCCGGCGGAAAUGAAUGAUAAUGUUAAGCCAGCCUGCUUGAGUACAGCUCCCGGUGAUGCUCCGGAAGAUACUUACCUCAUUGUCACCGGAUGGGGAUCGACGUCAGUGGAGAGACGUGAGAAAUCUGGGGUAUUGCUCAAGACAAAUCUCACCUCAGUGCCCCUGGAUAAGUGCAAUCGCACAUUCACUGAUCUACCACCUACACGUCACCUCCCGAAUGGACUCAACGAAGGACAACUGUGUGCAUUCGAUGUGGCACGCAAGAAGGAUGCAUGUGAGGGUGACUCCGGUGGUCCACUACAAACAAUAGGGGAGAGUGGUUUUGCCACAAUUAUCGGCGUUACGAGCUUUGGUAUUUCCUGCGCCAGCUCCACACCGGGUGUCUAUGCGAGAGUGAGUUACUAUUUGGACUUCAUUGAAACAAAUGUAUGGCCAGAUAGUCGCUAAUAAAUUCGACGAUUAAACGAUGA